GUGUUCUAUGCUUUGUGAUCGUGUACGCAACGCCCGGGUCGGUGGUCAUUUCGGCGUACUCGUUGAUGGGUCGCCAGCUAUGGGUGGUCACACCGCCUUUCGAUCGCCACGAAAGUACCGCCUCAAUACAACAACAACGAGUGAUCAAGGAACGGCGAAGGGCAGCGCGAAUUCUGCUGCUUCUGGCCAUCCUCUUCGCUCUCUGUUGGCUCCCUUACAAUGUGAUAAACCUCAUGCUCGAUCUCGACAUCCGGUGGCAAGAGCGGACGAUGCUGAACUGGUACCCCUUCGCUCUUCUAUUGGGUCAUGCCAAUUCUGCCAUCAACCCCCUCCUCUACUGUGUCAUGACCAAAAAUCUUCGCAAGACAGUUCGAAAGCUGUUUCGACAGGAGUUUGACGAUAUUCACACAGGUCGCCGCCGCUGCUUCAAAGUUUCAGACACGAAAUACCAACUCUUCGAGCGGAUACGACUCAUACCAUGGGCCGCAUCGGCGGUGCUACAUGCUGGGAACGCUCCAUCGGAACAGCACCCAGCAGACACGGGUCAAUGUCACCACCUCGACGAAUGCAACGGCCGCUGUCAACAUACACAGCAUCAAUGGCGGCAACCACAACUCCAGCCUCAGAUACCUGUGAUGGAGACUGACCAGCAAACUAGAUUGGUGCGGCCUGUCAGCGUCUGACUGUGCUUCAUUAUUAGUUUCACGUUCAAAUCUCAUUUAAAGUUUGGAUGGUUUUAUAAAAGUCUGAAUUUUAGAGAACUGCUCAUAAGUGGUUUCUUUAAAAUCAAAAGAAAAUGAAGAAGGCUGUUUGAGAAGCUAUUUGAAUGCUGUCAGAUUCGUAAAGUUUUGAUAUUCUGGUCUUACAGAAUCUUAUCAAACGCCAUCCAAUUUCAUCUCGCAAAGAAAAAUGAGUAAGCUGUCUUGCAUGCAUCUUCAGCAAACCAGCUCUUGAGUUUAGAAACAGACGUUUUUGUAAAUUUACCUGGUUUUGAUUGUUACGGCUGUAUGUUCCUAUAGUUUAUGUAUAAGCGCAAGGUUUCAUUAAAGUAUUUUUUUAAAUAAGAA